AUGGCCUUGCCAAAAAAGCAUGGGGGAUUGGGCUUUCAAGACAUCCAACUCUUCAAUGAGGCAUUAAUAGCAAAGCAAAUCUGGAAACUGGUGGCUGAACCUGAUAAACUAGUCAGUAAAGUCCUUAAAUCUAAGUAUUAUCCUAACUCUGACUUGUUUGAGGCCCAGCAAAACCAAAAUUGUUCAUGGUUGUGGAGUUGUUGGUUGUCUGUGUUGGGUAAAUGUAGCAGAUGGAUGAGGAAGGAAAUAAGGGAUGGGAAGAAUACUGCAGUGUGGGAUACUCAUUGGAUUAUAGAUAGGGUGGGUUUACCUGUGGAGUUGAAUGCUGGUAUUGACAGGAACAUUAAGUGGGUUAGGGAUUUGAUGAAUGAGGAUGGUAAUGCAUAG